CAACAGGGGAAGUGGCGACUGUAGUGCACUUCGUCGAGUGACUCUGACACUCACCGUACAACUCGGCUUAUUAUUUUAUGCUCCCUCCCCGCCGGUUCACAUUUGCAGCUGGUGGUGCUGGUUUAUGAUCGGCCGUCUGUUUGGGAACGUGUCUCAGAGGGUGCCGAGCUUGUUGUACCGGAUGUCGCUAAUAAUGAAGCCGCAGGUUGUGUUCGUGCUGGGCGGGCCUGGCGCCGGCAAAGGGACCCAAUGCUCCAGAAUCGUGGAGAACUACAGCUACACCCAUUUGUCAGCUGGGGAUUUACUUCGGGCUGAGCGAGCCAGAGAGGGAUCGGAGUCCGGACAGCUCAUUGACAACUACAUCAAGGAAGGAAAAAUCGUCCCAGUGCAGAUCACCAUCAACUUACUCAGGAUGGCCAUGGAGGAGACUAUGCAGAAAGACGAGAAAAAGUUUCGUUUCCUUAUAGAUGGUUUCCCCCGCAACGAGGACAACCUGAAGGGGUGGAACGAUGUCAUGGAUGGCAAAGCUGAUGUCAAAUUUGUGCUUUUCUUUGACUGUGGCGAAGAGGUUUGCAUCGAUAGAUGUUUAGAAAGAGGCAAGAGCAGUGGACGCACAGAUGACAACAGAGAAAGCCUGGAGAAAAGAAUCCAAACCUACCUGCAGUCCACACGACCAAUCAUUGACCUGUAUGAGAAACUGGGCAAGGUGCGCACCGUAGACGCUUCUCGUUCCGUGGAUGAGGUGUUUGCUGAUGUCAAAUCCAUCCUGGACAAAGAGGGUUGAAGUUCUCCAAAUGCCAACAUUCAUGUACCUUUUACUUUUCUUUUUAUCAACUGCAAUUACACUGCAAUGAGUUUAUAUGUCCACUCAUGCAUAUAUGACUUUUUACAUUUGGUUACUUUUGUUUCCUGCGUCUUUUGUAAAUGCUACACCGUUUGUUUGUGAGAGUGUACUCUGUGCAUCGGUAUGAAUGAGAGGUAGAGAUGUGAGUGGUGUGAUCAGCUAGUUGUUAGAAUGAAGGAAUCACUGUUCUUACAUUGUAGUUUGAGGCCUUUGCAUUGGAACAAUAUGUAUUAUUAGCCUAAGGAGAUACUACUGUUGUCAAUCAGAGACCUUAACAGUACUGGAACUCUCCAAAAAAAAAAUGGCGUGCAUAACUAAUGUCCUCAGUAUCAUGUCAUUAGAAGCAGCUGCCAUGCUUCAGACCAAAUAGUUGUAUGACCUGACAAGCUUUUCCCAACAGCCAAUAGCCUGUCUGGCCUCCAAAUAGAACAAAUACAACACCUGUCCUGUAUUUAAUGGACAGUAUUGCAGGGACAUGACUACACUGGCUGCUGCUGAAUGAUGUGUUUAAUAGGUAUAUGUUUAUGUGAUAGAUCUGAGGAACAAGGAACACUUGUUGUUACAGUGACUCGUCAUAAUGAAGAUUGAAAAGAAGAUUUUGUCAAACGUGUACUGUAUCUGCUUAUAGGAAUGCGAUAAAGCUAAACACUAUAAAGAAAAAAACUCUUGUGGAGUGUUUCUUUAAAAACUA